ACAGCUCAGUUACAAAGAUUGCGGGACUCGGGACCAGCUCGUAGACCUCUACGUACGACAUGUCAUCCCGCGGCCACAGCGCACUUUACCCAACAAUCGCUGGGGAAUGAGAAUGGCGAAGACUCGAGGUAAACACUCACCAGUGGGCCCGCGAACGGACAGGGACCACCUGACUUCUUCCCUUUCCAUUUCAUGUGGCUCACCAAACGUGAAGAAGCCGGAAAUGAGCACAGUAUCGUCAUCAGGGGUGGCUGAUAGGCUAAAACCCCCACCAGCGCUAAACCUGGCCAACCCCAUUCGUCGUUUGUCUGGCAGUUCAUCAGCAUCAUCAUCAUCUCCGUUGUCGUCUUUGUCAUUAUCAUCAUCAUCGUCAUCAUCAACAUCUUCUUCCAACAAGAUCUUUUCACGCUGCCCUGGCACAGCAAGCCUCAAGCGGGAGGCAAACUGCUCUGGUGUUCUGAUGUCUCCAGAGGUGAAGAAAAAGAUCCAGCAUGUGACUUGGCCGUGACGUCUGAGUGACAGCGAAUUAUCCCCUUUUAACACUCGCUAAACGCUGCUGUGCCCCCCAUCACAGUGAUUUCACCCAGUGGCAUCAAAUAAAUGUUUUUAAAAAAUAUUAA